AUGUUCCGUUACCGUCUUUCCAAGCUCAAGGCAAGUGUUCGUGCCAAAAAGAAAGAUGAAGGCCCAUUUGUGGCAGUUAUUGAGAACCCGUUAUUCGUCGACGAUUUAAUCCUUGACGAGCUUCAGAGAAUUGAUUCGUCUGAGACCGUUGAAGUUUGCUCUUGUGACUUAGAUCCAGAGAUCAUCCAACACAAUGAAACUUCCAAAUGCACUUCCAAUUCGGCUGUGCAGUCAAUCCCAGAGAUAAUUGUAUCCUCUAAUACUGGUGCACAUUGCUCUUCUAGAUCAGAGCCGGAGAAUGUCCAUGUUGAUGAAGCUUCGGAAUGCGCUUCCAGUUGGGAUAUGGAGUCUAUCCAAGAGAGCAUGGGCUCUUCCAGGGCUCCUGAAUGCGCGUUAAUAUCACUACCAGAGGGUGAGGCUAAUCUAAAGAGUGAAUUAAAGGGGUUGUUACUACAUCUAGAAAAUGUUAAGGAGCAAUUAUAUGAGUUGUGGCUUACUGAAGGCUCAAAUCAUCCUUUCUACUCCUUGUUGGACUCUCAAAGGUUGACCACUGAAUCGGAGAUAUGUGCAAUCAAUUCGAAGCUAAACGCCGUUCACGAUCAGGCUAGCGAUAUCCAUGAUGAGGACCAAAAAAUAGUUCAAAAUGAACCUGAUUCACCAAUUGUGAAUGAUCUUGCCUUACCCAAAAAAAGCUCCGAGGGGAGUGAGACCAACCUCAAGAACGAGUUGGAGAGGUUGUUAAAGGAUCAAGAGCGUAAUAAAGUGGAGUUAGCUCGCUGUACAGCGGCCUUGGGAACAGAUAACCUUAUAGAACGCAUGCCGGAGAUCCUGGACUUGAAAUUUAAGCAGCGUCAAAUUGCUCUGCAGAUUUCUAAAAUCAAUUCCAAGUUAAAUGCUGUUCAAGCUUUUCCUAUUGCCGAUAAUCUAGCUGUGUCCAAAAAAAGCUCCGAUAAGCAUGAGGCUGAUCUCAAGAAAGAGUUGGAGAAGGAGGCUUAUGGACCAGAUAACCUCAUGCAAGACGUUUUGGACUUCCGUAGGUCGGAGAUCGAGCUGCGGAUGCGUGAAAUCAAUUCCGAGUUGGAUGCUGCUCAAGAUUUGCCUAUUAAUCAUCGCAAUAAGGACCAGAAAAUAGUUCAAAACGAACCUGCGUCAGCAAUUGUGAAUCAUCCAGCUUACUCAAAAAGCUCUGAGAAGUGUGAGACGGGUCUCAAAAACGAGUUGGAGAAGUUGUUAAAUGAUCUUCAGCAUACUGAGAUGGACUAUGUCAAGUAUAGAGAUGCGUGUGGACCAGGUACUCUUAUGCAAGACGUCUUGGACUUCCGUCGGGCGGAAAUUGAACUGCGGAUACGUGAGAUCAAUUCCGAGAUGAAUGCUGGCCAUUAG